AUGGCCAACGAGCAGAAGGCGAAGAUGUCCGGAGACUACGACGCCUAUACAGUAGAAGAUGCAGCUCCGCCGGUUGUGUCAGUUACCCACGGCAUUGAUGAGCGGAAGCUCGUGGCAAAAAUCGACCGCCAUGUUGUUCCGUUCCUCUGUGUCAUGUACACCAUGGCAUAUCUUGAUCGCAUCAACAUUGGCAAUGCAACUAUUUUUGGGUUACGUGAUGAGCUUGGUUUGGUUGACAACACCUACAACACGGCUUUGGUUGUGUUCUUCAUUCCUUACAUCCUUUUCGAGAUCCCGUCCAACAUUCUGCUCAAGCGAUUCAAGCCCCAUGUCUGGCUAUCUAUCAACAUGUUUGGAUUUGGCCUCAUGACACUUUGUCAAGGGUUUGUAACCAAUUUCGCCAGCAUUGUCACAACUCGUGUUCUCCUUGGGAUUUUUGAGACUGGCAUGUUUCCAGGAGCUUUCUACCUCAUUGGUAUGUGGUACCGCCGCGAUGAGGCACAAAAGCGCUUCUCAUUCUUCUUCAACAGCACAACGUUAGCUGGUGCUUUCGGUGGGUUGAUCGCCGCAGCCAUUGGCAAGAUGGACGGAACCGCUGGCAUGCGAGGAUGGCGUUGGAUUUUUAUCCUGGAAGGUGCCUUAACUAUAAUCAUUGCGGUUGUCUUCUACUUCUGCUUGCCAGGUUUUCCCGAAGACAGCCAGUGGUUGACCAAAGAGGAGAAGGCAUGCGUCGUUGAACGUCUCCGCACCGACCAAGGCGAAUCUGCAACAGAGAUAACAUUCACUGCCCGUGACUACUUGGGCGUAUUCAAGGACAUUAGGGUAUUCCUCGGCGGCAUGAUGUACUUCUCACUACUGGUCCCAUCUUACGGAUAUGCUUACUUCGCACCUACCAUCAUUCAAUCAUUCGGCUACGAUCUCGUACAGACACAACUGCACAGCGUUCCACCUUGGGUUGCAGCAUUCGGCCUGUCGAUGAUGGUCGCGUAUCUGUCCGAUCGAACACGACAUCGCUUCAGCUUCGCUAUAUUUGGCAUUCUGGUUUGCAUUUGCGGUUUGGCUGUGUUACUGGCUGUUCGCAACAUGCCGAAUAUCCAAUACGCUAUGUUAUUCCUUGUCGCAUCUGGCGCUUUCACCGCCAUGCCCAUUGUUGUCUGCUGGUUCAACAUGAAUCUAGGCGGUCAUUUGCGAAGGUCCGUGGGCAGCGCCUGGCAGAUCUCGUUUGGCAAUAUCGGAGCCAUCAUUGCCAUCUUCGCGUUCUUGAAGAAAGACGCUCCACUUUAUAUUCCCGGCUACUCGAUUGCUAUCGCGUUCUCGAUUCUCGCCCUGAUUGUUGUCACGGCUUAUGCCGCCAGUUGUCAUAUGUCCAACAAGAGUCGUAACACACAAGCUUCGGCAGCCUCGGUUGACCACUUGAGUCCAGAGGAGAGACUUAAACUAGGAGACUUGCUGCCGACUUACAGAUAUCUCCUUUAA